CGUGAAACGACGCCGCUCUCUGUCUCUGUUUCUAUUUCUGAGUUUGUUUUCCCCAAUCAGGGAGCGUAAACCCUUCAAAACCUUGGCUCUAGAAAUCGAAAAUCCCAAUUUUGUUAGUUGAAUGAUGUCGAAUUCUUCAAAUUAGGGUUUGUUUCUAUUGAAUUGUUCUCAAGAAAAAAUGUCAUCAGAGGAAGUAUCUUUGGUACCUUCACAGAACGGCCUAAAUUCACACGCGCAGCUGCUCUUCUCUGACGAUACCUUGCGUUUCAAUUGCGGACCUCACCGGGUUGGGGAUCCGGGACCCAAGGCGACCCGGGAACUAUCCGCUUUCAUUGACGGUAACAAGAUGUUCUCCGGUUUCUCUUCUCAGGGUGGACCUGAUUCUUUUCCUCGAACCAGCAUCUAUGGCGAGGGACCGGACCACCGCCGCCAGGAAAUCCCUUCCGAAACCCGAAAUUGGGCGUCUUUCGGCAAUGGCUCCGCGGCCACUCCUAGCGGCGACGAAUCAGAGGACGAUGAUGAGGAUGAUGAAGAUGACGACGAAGCUGACUUGGACGCCGAUCACGAGAUCAACGGAAUUGUAGCUACGGUAGAUGAUGGAAGCAGAAACAACACCGCCCCAAGCUCUACUGGUGCCAAGAACAGUAACGCACAUAAGUAUAGCAGCUUCAGGGAUAAUAUUGGAAACGAAAAGCCUCACCUUUCUUCUUUUGGGUCAAGUAGGGAGUCGGUGAUGGUGAAGGACUCUCAAAAUGUGAGUAAUGCAGUCCAAAGUCAGCAACAUGGAAGGAUGGUGGGAGGUGGCAUUUACCAUAAUGCAGUUACAGUUGCGGACCAUGAUGGAGGUGAUGUGUACUACUCUCAGUAUUUACAGGGGGCGGAGGUGGGUUCUGGACGCGGAGGCUGUGUUAGUGGUGGGCGGAAGGAUAUCGGUGUGGGGGACAAUGGGUGCGAUUUCAAUGGGAGGAAGGAAGGUUCAUUUUCGAGCGAGUCAGGGGAGAAUUUGAGAACUAUUUUAUCAGAUCCUGUCACUGGAACUCUGAUGGACGAUGCCAUGAUAUUGCCUUGCGGUCAUUCUUUUGGAGGUGGUGGAAUACAGCACAUUGUUAGAACGAAAGCUUGCUGCACUUGCUCACAGCCUGUUUCAGAAGACUCGAUAUCUCCUAAUCUCUCUCUCCGAGCGGCUGUUCAAGCUUUUCGCCGGGAAGAAGAGUUACAAUUUUACCGCUCACCUAAAAGGCGCAAAGAAAGGUUUGACCAGGAUAAGGGUGGCGAGUCAGGUCUCAUGGAUCCUCCACGGGGCAGAGGUGUUCAGUUUCCAUUUGCCGUGACAGACCGGGUGAUCAUAAAGGGGAACAAGAGGACACCGCAGAGAUUUGUUGGACGUGAGGCCAUUGUGACAACACAAUGUUUAAAUGGAUGGUAUGUAGUGAAGACAUUGGACAAUGCAGAGAGUGUAAAAUUGCAGUAUCGAUCAUUGGCAAAGGUCCCCGACUGAUCCAUCCUUGAAGCUCCACAUCAAAUAAGAUGGCAUCAAACUGGCUCUAACUUGGAUAAUAUAAGAAGGGGCAGACAGCCAGUAAUACAACAAUGCCAAUAUGCCACAUUUCUGACAAGCGACCUAACGUAGUGGCUCGGAAGGGUUCUUGUUUGUACACUUCCUACUUUAUUCUUACAAGAAAACGUCCUGAUUUUCAGAGACUGUAAAUUAUAGAAGCAGCUGCGGCAAUGUAAUAUGAGUAACCCUAGAAUGAUAUCUGAAAUGUGACUGAUACGCCGUUACUUUUGUUUCAAUUUUCUGAACAGUUUUGCUAUACAAAUAUCAAUGUUUAAUCUCCUUUAGAGCUA